AGUGUGAAAAUAGUGCUAAGGUAGUGAGGAGCGGGUUAGGUUGUCUUGUUGGUUAUAUUUAAAACACGUGUUACAAUAAAACAAUUCGGGCUUCUAAAAUUAAUUGAACAGUUUGUGAAUAAAACUAUACACAAUGUAUCUUUGAAUUAGAAAAUAUGAUUUAGUUUGAAAACCUUUGGAAAGAUAGGAUUUUAUUGCACAGUAAAGAUGAAUCGGUCCAGAGGAGUCCACUAUAAUGAGAAUAAUGGAACCAACACCUACCAACUUCAAGGUAUGGAGAGCAAUCCUAACGAAAAAGCCCGACUGCAGCAACCUGUAAAGCUACAUCCAGCUUGGAGGAGAACAACCUUCCAGAAGACGAGCUUAAUUUCAAAAAUUUAACCAUGGAAGCUCCUCCAGAUCGCUUUAAUUUAGUUUAUAUCACAUUCGUCAUCCACGGUAUCGGCGUAUUGAUGCCUUGGAAUAUGUUUAUUACAGCUAUUGAGUAUUUCACGGAUUACAAGUUAUCUGCUUCGUAUAUACACUACGACUUCCCAUAUAUACCGACUUUUAUGCAGUAUUUAACGUUUUGUGCCCAAAUACCUUCCAUAAUACUGAACUAUACAAAUAUAUUCAUACAAAUCGGCGGAAACCUAACCACAAGGAUAGUUUGGGGUAUCGGUAUAGAGAUCGUAGUCUUCAUUGUUACCAUACUGUUGGGAAUGAUCAACACCAGUGAAAUACCGUAUGUCUUCUUUUAUUCGACGUUAUUCCUUGUUGUCAUUUUGAAUUGUGCUAACGGAGUCUACCAGAAUACUGUUUAUGGUAUGGCGGCGAAAUUGCCUGGAAAAUAUACAGCGGCUGUGAUAUUAGGAAAUAACGUUAGCGGCACGUUUACGGCUACCGUCAAUCUCGUCUCUAAACUUAGCACGCCGAGCAUUAAAAUGGCUGCCAUCUAUUAUUUUAUAUCUGCGCUUUUUGUGCUCUUGAUAUGUUUCGACACUUAUUUCGCUCUACCACUUAACAGAUUCUACAGGUACUACGAUCUGAAGGACAAAAAAGAGAGGCGUUUGGCGCCGAUGCCUAGUGGAGCAGUCCAAAAGCCUCCGUAUUUGAAAAUUUUCAAACAGUCUUUUCCACAAUUACUGAACGUGUGGUUGGUAUUUUUCGUAACUAUCGCUAUAUUCCCUGCUGUUCAAUCAGGAAUUCUAAAAAGCGAUGAUAACUUCUUUGUUCCCGAUUACAUUUAUGUGAAUCUGAUGUGCUUUAUGACCUUCAACAUAUUUGCAAUGAUAGGUAGUUGUUUGCCUGCGUUUUUUGUAUGGCCUAGUCCCAAAUUUUUGUGGAUUCCAGUAACGGCCAGAAUCGUGUACAUACCUUUGUUUUUGUUAUGUAAUUACCAAGUGAAGGGAAUCCAUAGAGUUUUACCAAAACUGAUCAAUAAUGACUACGUGUACUUUUUGUUAAGCGCCUCGAUGGCCUUGUCGAGCGGGUAUUUGAGUUCCUUAGGCAUGAUGUAUGCCCCAAGAUCUGUGGAAGACCGGUACGCCCCCACAGCUGGCAUGUUUUCGGCAGCGGCUUUAAUUACUGGAAUCUUCUCCGGCAUUGUAAUAGCCUUCUUGUGGCCUUGGGUGAUAGGACAUGUUGGCGCCUAGCAAAAAUGUGUGGUAUAUGGCACAGAAAAGGAGUUUGCGAUCCGGUUCAGUUUAUGAGGAAAGUUUCUGGUCAUAUACCCCAAAAUAUUAUUGUUAGUUAGCAUUUUGUGAACCAAAGGAAAAUAAUUAUAAAUAUACAAAAAGAUUAGGGAAAAAAUAGUUACAAAAUAUCACAGUAUUUACUAUUAUUGCUAGCGUUGUUGCUGCCAUUUUUGUAAAGUUUUCAUAGCAAUUCAUUUUACCCUGUUAUUGCGGAAAAUUGUUCAACAUUUUUCAGAAGGUCGCCUUCAGAAGUCCAAAAACAAAAAAAUAACACAAUUUUUCGAGUACCUAAAUUUGCGUUGUAUAUAGCAGCUGCUUUUAUUCAUAAACAACGUUUCUCAAGAGUUCAAAUGUACCAGUAAGGCUUGAACAAAAAUGGCCGCGUUAAAUUAAAACCUGCCGAAAUUUCAACGAGCUCAAAAUUGAGCUAUUUUUUCCAAAAUCCAAAAAUAGAAUCGUAGAUCUUCCACAUCCAUUAGUUUCUCAUUUUGAUUUGAAUUUUUAUAAUAACGUAUAAUGUAUUUGUUGAUUUAAAAUAUUAUUUUUAUGUUUUUUUUUUUAACAAUUUAUGAAAAAAUGGGAAAAAGUUUGGAAAUAUUUACAAAAAAAAGGUUUUUUAUUUUCUCUAAAUUUUUUUAAAUUAUGUUGCAUUACACUUUUAUUAUAAUAUAUAAAUUGGAAAAGAUUAUAAAUUUGUUUUUCUGUUUUAAAUUUUAUUGCCUUUUAUAGUUUUUUUUUAUUUUAAGGAUUUUUGUUUUUUGAGGCUCCAAACAUUUUUGUAGCAAAAUUUGUAUAAAAUAUAGAUAAAAAACAAUUUUGUAGUCACAAAGGUCUCGGUUUUAUUUAUUUAUGAUCAUUUAUAUAGUAUAAUGUUUAUAUUAUGUAUUUAUUACCAGUGUUGGUUUAUACACACUUUUUUAUUCUUUAUAUUUUUAAUUUAUAUACAGCGUAGCGCAAUAUUCUGGUCUUAAGUAAAACUCAUUAAGGUUUCGAUGGUAGCUACAAACCAAAUUUCCGCCACAGGAAUUGUGUAUGUUUCUUUUUCUGUUAAAAGAAUAUUAGU